AUGUUCAAAUCCGUUUUAUCCAAACAAUCUAGAGCUAUCGCCGCUACUACUACUUUCAAGAGAACUAAAGUCACCUUACCAGAAUUGAAAUGGGACUUUGGUGCUUUAGAACCAUUCAUUUCAGGUCAAAUUAACAAAAUACAUUACACUAAGCACCACCAAACUUAUGUUAAUGGUUUAAAUACUAAUACUGAAAAAUUUGAAGAAUUAUAUUCUAAAUUAGACACCGACCCUGUGAAAAUUGCUCAACAAUUACACGCUGUUCAACAACAAAUUAAGUUUCACAGCGGUGGAUACAUCAACCAUUGUUUGUUUUGGGCUAACCUAGCUCCACAAUCUCAAGGUGGUGGUGAAUUUUCUGCACAAUCUCCAUUGGGUAAAAAAGUUACAGAGCAAUUUGGUUCUUUGGAAAAUUUGCAAAGUUUGAUUAAUGCCAAAUUGGCUGGUGUUCAAGGUGUUGGCUGGGCCUUUUUAUGUUAUAACAAGGAUUCAAAAAGCUUAGAAUUGAUUUCUACUUAUAACCAAGAUACUGUCACUGGUAAUUUGAAACCAUUGCUAGCUAUUGAUGCUUGGGAGCAUGCUUAUUACUUACAAUACCAAAACAGAAAGGUUGAAUAUUUCAAAGCCAUCUGGAAUGUAAUCAACUGGGCCGAAGUUGCUAAGAGAUAUGAAGAAUCUCUAGUCUUGUAA